AUGAGUUUUACCUUGUCCCGAAAAACCGGUGGCUUAAUAAAUGCUUUAAGGCCAACUACAAGAUUAAUAUCAUAUAAAGGCAUUUUACAGGCUCGUUAUCUUACUAAAACACAGAUUAUCAAGAAUAGAAGUCAUGCUCGUCAUUUUGCUACAACUCAAAUUACCGGGGAGGAAGCAACUUAUCCUGAUAUCGCAGAAUUUUCAUUUAAAGACUCGAUCUCCAAAUUUGUUUCCUUUAAGGAGUAUGCAUUGAGAUUCACGUUUUAUGAGAAAAGUUCAAUGCGUGAUAUAUUAGAAGCAGGCGUUGAUCAUAAUAUUAUUCCAGAACUUCAAGAUUAUGUUCUCACUGAAAUUAAGGAUAUUGAUUCUGUAAGACGCUUCAAUAUUCGUAAUUAUCCGAAUUUAAAUAAAAAUCAAAAGAAAUUUCUUGGCAAACUCAACCAUCUGCUUUUGAACGAAAAUGAUCGAAAAAACUUAGAGAAUUAUGUAAAUGAUUUUGUAUUAUUUUUGUGUGAUCAAGCAAGCCUUGAUGACGGAGUAGACUUAACCAUGGGACCAUGCGCCUUAGUAUUAGAAAUUAAUGAAAAUGAAUUUGAAGCAGAUGCCGAUAGAAAAGGCAAAAGAGGUGCUGAAAUAGUGUGGGUGUUGUGUGAAGAUAAAUUUAAAGGAGCCAUAAAAUAUAAGAAUUGGGAAGUUCAUUUAGUGACAUGUAUGGUUGCAGCGGCUCAAUGGAAUUAUUAUAUGUUGGAUGAGGUAUAUCCAGAAAAAAUUGUGGGUAUUAGAGUAAUUGAAGAUAGGUUUUAUUUUUAUUCGGCUAAUAUCGAUCAAUCUUAUAUCGAAGAUUUAUUUUGUGGUCGUCCUCAAAACGAUUUACAUGUUCACAAAUAUCCCAAAGGAUAUGGAUUCCGUAUUUCAAACGCUAAUGAAAGGCUAGAGGUGCUUGCAUGUUUAUCUGAUCUUAAAAGUUAUGCAUUGAGUCUUUCGCCAAAGUUGGAUGUAUACGAAAAAGAGGAUUUAAUAAAGAAAAUUUAA